AUGUUCUUCGAUCCAUUUGACAAUAUUGUCCAUGAGGUUGGAUUGCUAUUGGGAAAGCCAGACGACCAGAUGAGGCUGUUAUUAAUCUUACUAGGAUCAUACCCUAUUGGGUAUGUCUUCAGGUUCCUCAGAGGAAGAAAUCUUAGGCAUUUCUACUCUAUUUUCCUUGGAGUUAUCCUGCAUCUUUUCAUGUUCAGAGACGGUGUCGUACACUUUUGGGGACUCGGAAUCGUAGUGUACUUGAUCUUGACAGUGAUGAAAAAGAAGAGCUUACCAUGGGUAGUGUUUAUCGUUUGCCUGACUCAUCUCUCAGCCAUGCACUUGUAUAGAAUGCUGUUCGAUUUUGGUAAUUGGUCUUUGGACGCAACUACAUUCUUGAUGCCACUUAUUUCAAGACUCUCGUCUUUAGGAUUCGUUUACUCAGAUGGAUCCAAGGACGAGAAGGAUCUUACUGAAGAACAAAUGGAAAGAAGGAUUGUAGACAAGCCAAGCAUAGUAGAGAUGCUUAGCUACAUUUCGUUUCCAGUGGCAGGAAUGUGUGGACCAUUCUUCGAGUUUAGAGAUUUCAGAGACUUCAUGGAGGAGAAAGGAAGAUAUAAGCACAUUCCAUCUAGCUCCAGCUUCGUAUGGAAGAAGAUGCUUGAGGGUGUUAUAGUCUUAGCAUUAGCAGUAAAGCUUCCGACAAUAUGUGAUCCCUAUGAAUUAGAGUCUGAUUGGUUCUUCGAUAUGCCCUACCUUCAUCAAUAUGUAUACUGGAUGAUUGCAUGAUUUGCAUACAGGACAACAUAUUUCGUUGCUUGGGUUAUCAAUGAUGGUGGUUUAGCUCUCUCCGGUCUCUCCUACUCCGGUACCACACCUCAAGGCCAGCCCAAGUUCGACCGAAUCGUCAGUGUCAACAUCAUCCAACUCGAAGCGUGCACUGUGCCACGUGAAGGAGUCAGACACUGGAACAGCAUGACUGCAGAGUGGCUUAGACACUACGUGUACGAGCGGGUCAGACCUAGAAACGGGGGAGACGCUACAAUGGCAACAAUGGGCACGAACUUGGUGUCAGCAUUCUGGCAUGGGUUCUAUCCAACUUACUACAACACGUUCUUCUUUUUGGCAAUCAUUGCAGAAAUCGGAAAGGACGUAUACAGGCUACGACAUUUGUUUUCCUUUAUUCCAGGACCUAUCAGUGCAGUGAUCAGGAACCUUUUGAUUAUGACUUCUCUGAAUUAUUUUGCUACAGGAAUGAUUUUGCUUGAGUUCAAGAAGGCGAUGAAGUACUACGCUAAAUACAACUUCUUCUGGCAUCUGAUGAUCCUUGGUACCUUUGUUGUCUUCAGAUUUGCGCUACUGCCAACCUUCAAGAAAAGAAGCAAGAAGGAUAAUGGGACAAAAGGAGAAGAUAAGAGCGAGAAAGCAAAGUUAAAGAAGGAAUAAUAC